CCCUCUCAAUCGCUGUUGCAUCACCAAAGAACUGGACAAGUACUGGGUUGGAACCUCUCAAUCGCUUCUGCUGCAUCACUACCUGGAAUAGGAUUGAGUAGGGGGAUGGAGGCACUCAAGAACUCAUACAAGUGCUCCCUCCUCCUCCUCCUCCUCCUGCUGCCUCUGCUUCUGCUGUGGUCCUCCGUAAUGUUCACUUGUGCCGAUGCAGAAGUCCACUACCAUGAGUUUGUGGUCCAAGCGACGCCAGUGAAGAGGCUGUGCAAGACCCACAACAUCAUCACCGUCAACGGCCAAUACCCCGGUCCGACGCUAGCGGUUCGAAACGGAGACACACUCGUGGUCAACGUCGUCAACCGAGCAAAAUACAACGUCACACUUCACUGGCACGGGGUUCGACAGAUGCGAACGGCGUGGGCGGACGGGCCGGAGUUCGUGACGCAGUGCCCCAUAAGGCCCGGCGGCAGCUACACGUACCGGUUCACCAUCGAGGACCAAGAAGGCACGCUGUGGUGGCACGCACACAGCUCCUGGCUCAGGGCCACCGUCCAUGGCGCCCUCAUCAUCUAUCCCGGAGAUGCCUCCUCCUACCCAUUCCCCAAACCCCACCGAGAAUUCCCCGUCAUCCUCGGGGAGUGGUGGAAUGAGGACCCCAUCAGCGUAGUCCGGCGGGCGACGAGGACCGGAGCAGCCCCAAACGUCUCUGACGCCUUCACCAUCAAUGGCCAGCCCGGCGAUCUUUACAACUGCUCCAACAAAGAUACAACGGUCUUCCCAGUGGCGUUGGGUGAGACCAACCUACUACGGUUCAUCAACGCCGCCCUCAACAACGAGCUCUUCGUCAGCAUCGCCGGCCACAUGAUGACGGUCGUGGCCGCCGACGCCGCCUACACCAAGCCCUUCACCACCGCGGUCCUCAUGCUGGGCCCGGGGCAGACAACCGACGUCUUAGUCACCACCAACCAGCCCCCCGGCCGCUACUACAUGGCCGCCCACGCCUACGCCAGCGCCCGAGGCGUCGCCUUCGACAACACCACCACCACCGCCGUCCUCGAGUAUAAGAACAGCGGCUGCCCCACCAAGAACAGCCCGGGGCUCCCGCCGGCGUUCCCUGUCCUCCCGGCCUUCAACGACACGCCCACCGCCACCGCCUUCGCCGCCGGAAUCAGGAGCCCCCACCCCGUCCAGAUCCCCGGCCCCGUCGAUCACCACCUCUUCUUCACCGUCGGGCUGGGCCUGUUCAACUGCCCGCCUGGCCGGCGUUGCGGCGGCCCGAACGGUACUCGCUUCGGCGCCAGCAUGAACAACGUCUCCUUCCAGCUGCCCACCGGUCUCUCCCUCCUCCAAGCCCACCACCUGGGCGUGCCGGGGGUGUUCACCACCGACUUCCCGGCGGUUCCGCCGGUCCCCUUCGACUACACUGCGGCCAACGUCAGCCGGGGGCUGUGGCAGCCGGUGCUGGGGACGAAGUUGUACCCGCUCAAGUACGGGUCGGUGGUGCAGCUGGUGCUGCAGGGCACCAACAUCUUCGCGGGGGAGGAACACCCGAUGCACAUCCACGGGUACCACUUCUACGUGCUGGCGACGGGGUUCGGGAACUUCGACCCGGCGAGGGACUCGGCGAGGUUCAAUCUGGUGGACCCGCCGCUGCGGAACACGGUGGGGGUGCCGGUGAACGGGUGGGCGGUGAUCCGGUUCGUGGCGGACAACCCAGGGGUGUGGCUAGUGCACUGCCACCUGGACGUGCACAUCACCUGGGGCUUGGCCAUGGCCUUCCUGGUGGAGAACGGCGUCGGCGAGCUGCAGUCUCUGUUGCCGCCUCCCGCGGACCUUCCUCUGUGCUGAUCCCUCUCCACGGCUUCACCCUCUCCUCGUCUCUGUAAUAUGCAGUAGUCGUAUGGCGUUCUUCUUCUGCUUCUUCUUCUUCGGUUUGGUUCACUGCAUGUAAGGAGGGAUGAUAGAGUCGCCGAGUCUCCCAUUAAUCUGUUGUGAUGCAUUUAUAUGUCAGCAAAAUAAUUCACGCAAUUAAAUUAAUGAAUAUAUCAAGAAAGAAGCACAAGUGGAUGGUA